UUUCCUCUCCUUUUAGCAGACUUCUUUACACUAGUCUCGUUCUUUUCCGCCAGGUCACAGUUCCCGUGAGUUUGGAAAAGUUAAAUAUCCCGAUAGUUUCGUGGAUAUUUACACAAAUUUCGAUCUCAAAAUGAAAAUAUGGACAUCAGAACACAUCUUUUGUCACCCAUGGGAAACAGUGGCUCAAGCUUCUUGGAGAAAGUACCCCAAUCCCCACAACCCAAAUGUGGUGGCUAUCGAUGUCCUUGAAAGGGAUGUUAAGAAUGGAAUUCUGCACUCUAGAAGACUUCUAAGUUCUAAAUGGGUCUUUCCAGGAUGGGCUCGAAAGAUAUUGGGUAGCGAACGAAUUUGUUAUGCUAAAGAGAAUUCAACCGUGGAUCCUACAAAUAGAAUCAUGACCCUUUUCACGCAAAAUUUGACAUUCUGCCAUUUAAUGUCAAUUGAUGAACGUCUAAGUUAUACUGCACACCCAGAGGACCCUUCUAAAACAUUGCUCACUCAAGAAGCUGUAGUUACAGUUAGAGGAGUACCACUUUCUUCCUACUUAGAGGGAUUUUUAACAAAUACUAUAUCUGUGAAUGCCAGCAAAGGAAGACAGGCAAUGGAAUGGGUGAUUGGCAAGCUUAAUGUAGAAGUUCAUGAUUUAACCACCACUGCUGCCAAAAAUUUACAAAGCCUGACAUCCCCGCCGACGGUUCAAGCAUCAAGUCUGCCAGAAUGCUAGCAUCAGCUUCAGUUUAGUACAAGUAACAAAAGGAUAUUUUCAUAUGAAAUGUCUUCAUUAGAUCCGCAAACAAACAAAACACGAGAAGAAAAACACCAUUCGAUGCAAGCAGAUCUAAAAUUAGAACUAUUUUUAAAUACCCAUCGCAUUUUUUACAAAUCGAUUUAUAAGAGUUGUAAACAUGUUUGUUAGGGUUUCUUUGGUUACUUAAAUAUCUUUGGUAACUGGAAUUGGUGAGUUGUAAUACAAUCUGUAAAUAGGUUUGA